AUGAACGGAGGAGGAGGUAACGGCGGUUUCUUUGGGAACAACGGUGGUUUUCAGGAUAUUAUUGCGUUGAUUGUGAUUGCCGCCAUCUUUGGUAACGGUAACUUUGGUUUCGGAGGAAACAACAAUCAGGGCGCUAAUGAAGGCAGAGAAAUGAUCAUGCAGAUGCUUAACCGUAAUGGCGUGGACAUCGCAUCACUUGCCCAAGCAUUGAACUCAUCUUCAGACCAGAUCCUUGCAGGUAUCAAUUCUGUAUCUCAGGCAAUAUGCAGUCUCGGAAAUCAGAUGGGGCAGAACACCAACAGUAUCAUCACUGCAAUCAUGCAGGGCAAUCAGUCCGUUCUUGCUCAAUUAGCCGAUUGUUGUUGUAAAACACAGACUGCAAUUGAACGUCAGGGAUAUGAAAGUCGCUUAGCGAGCUGCGAAAACAUGAAUACGCUUACGCGUACAAUGGAAGGUAAUACACGUUCUUUGACAGAUGCUUACCGUGAAGGAUUCCAGGCUAUUGUAGCCAAGAUGGAUGCUGCAGAAGCACGCCGUCAGCAGGAAGCUCUCGCAGCAAGAGAUGCGAAAAUUGCAGUUUUGGAAGGGGAAAUCUCUCAGCGUAAUCAGAAUGCAACAAUCUUGAGCAACUUCGGUCAACAGAUCGCGCCGUUGGUAGCCGGCUUACAGGCAUUGCAAAGUGAUGUAGAUGGCAUUAAGUGCAAAAUGCCUCCAACGGUAUCUGUCCCUUAUCCACAAUUGCAGGUGUAUAAUCCGGAAACUUAUCGUGCAGCCGCUUUCGGAGCAUAUGCAGGUGACGCGGCAUAUGGACGCGGUGGUUACGGAUGUGGUUGCAAUAACUACUGGGGUUGA